AUGGGAGCUACUUGUUGUUCAGGAACACCACAAACUUAGGAGAUUAAUUCAACAGCCCCUGCUAAACUUGAGGCCACAGUUGAAGAAAAUGAUCAUACGGGAACAGCCAAGCCAGGGGAGGUUCAAAAUUAAUACUAGGAGAAAGAGCCAAUAAAAGAGGAAUCCUAACAAGUUUAGGUUGAAGACCCUCCAUAAAGUGCAAAUCCCCCAGAUGAUGCUUAAAGAGAAAAAUAAAGGUAACAGAUUUCAUCACAUGGUCCAAACCCUGAAGAUGCUAAACCAUAUGACAAAGAUCCAUUUAUUGAAAAUGAGUAGGUUCGUAAAACACUUGAAAAACUCGGAAAUUAUCAUUACGAUGAUGCAUCCUUAUUGCACUUCCACGAUUGUAUUGAGUUAGGACCAUAUCAAUUUGAGAAUGGAGCCAUAUAUGUGGGUUAAUGGAAAAACCACUAAAGAUGGGGCAAAGGCAAGCAGUAUUGGCCUGACGGAUCAGUUUAUGAAGGAUUUUGGAGUUCCCAUACAGCGAAUGGGAAGGGAAGAUUAAUUCAUGCAGAUGGAGAUGCCUAUGAUGGAGAUUGGGUAGAUGACAGAGCAUAGGGCCAAGGAACUUAUUUUCAUGUUGAUGGUGCCAAAUACGAGGGAGAUUGGUUGGAAGAUUAAUAGCAUGGAAAAGGAACUGAAAUGUGGCCAGAUGGUGCCUAAUAUAUUGGAAGUUACGUAAAUGGAAAGAAAGAUGGAAAAGGUAAAUUUAAAUGGAGUGACGGAGCAACUUAUGAAGGCGACUUUAGAGACAACAAUAUUGAAGGUUUUGGAGAAUAUGUUUGGGCUGAUGGCAGAAAAUAUAAAGGUUAAUGGUAAAAUAAUAAAAUGCAUGGCAAAGGAGACUUUAACUGGCCUGAUGGAAAGUAAUAUAGUGGGGAUUAUGUUGAAGAUAAAAAGGAAGGAUACGGAAUUUUUAAAUGGUCUGAUGGCAAAUAAUAUAAAGGAUAUUGGAAGGAUGGAAAAUAACAUGGAAGAGGAAUAUUGGUCGAUAGAGAAGCCAGAGAAGUUGAAGCUGAAUGGGUCGAAGGAAGAAGAGUCAGAUCAGAUAAUUGAAUUAUCACAAAAUAUUAAGAUGAAUACUGUAUAGAUUUAUAAUUUGAUAAUAAAUCUAUG